AUGGCAUGUACCGCGCCUUUCUUGCUUUCAGGGGAUGCUCAUAUCAACAAUGAAUUGACAGCAGAGGGUUCAGAGAAUGGGCACUCGGAAUUGCGAAAACCUUCCACUAGAAAGGUUGCCCGAAAGCGCAAGGCCACUGACUGUCAGAGCAACGCAAAGAAGCAGAAGUCCAUUGAUUGGGAGUUCGGCAUGUUCGAUGACAUGUUCUACAAGGGGGAUGGAUCUACCUCUGAUGAUAUUCCCAACAAAGGCAAGAGUGGACCUGGAACUGCGAAAAAGCUGAUUAAAAAGCCAAGAACGACAGUGACGAUUUUGAUACACUGA